AUGGCAUUAUUACAAACGUAUGAUGUAAUAGCUCAAGAAGUUUAUGGCCCUGAAGCUAUUCGUGUCACUCCACCACCACUGUCAUCAUUUUUAAAUGGUGAUGAAGAUGAUCAUAUGGAAUCAGAUACAGAUCAACCACAAGUGACACGUGUACGUUUGGUACAAUUUCAAAAGAAUACAGAUGAACCAAUGGGUAUUACAUUAAAGCUAAAUGAAGAGAAUAAGUGUAUUGUUGCAAGGAUUCUACACGGUGGAAUGAUACAUCGACAAGGUACUUUACAUGUUGGAGAUGAGCUACGUGAGAUUAAUAAUGAACCGGUAGCUGAUCGAUCUGUUCAACAUUUACAACGUUUAUUGGUUAGUUUACAGAAACUACUUUGA